ACUUCGCCGCUUCAUUCGAAGAUAUAAAGUUAACCAUGUAGUCCUUUUAACCUACUAGGCACACAUCGCACGUAUUUUAGAGAUAUCGAUUUACUUAAUCGAUACCAUAAUGUUUUUUCCAGUACCUACAUCCCUAACAGUAUGGCCAACAAACGUCAUUCUUUUUUCGUGCGAGGCUGCGCACGCACGUAUUAUAACCUUAUCGUCGUUCUAAUACCUUAGUGUCGUUAUUUUUCAAAUAUCAUGCCGAAAAGAAAACAUUGUGAUGAUGGUGACAAAAUUGAGCGUUACAAACGCAAAAUCAGAAAACUGGAAGAGAAAUCUCGCCAGAAAGAAACGCGAAAACGUGUCAUAACUUAUUCAUCGUCGGAUUCCGAGAAAAAUUCAGAUGAUGAACAACCGAUUAAGGACGUCGAGGCGGCGGAGUCCGCGGAGGAUUUACUCCCGGACGACCCCGCGCCUGCAGAAGACAGCGCCAAUGCCGACUCUGUUGAGAUUCCCCAACUUGAUCCGGAGAUACUCGCGGCGCUAGGUGAAUCUACGCAAGAUACGCCCAACUUUGGCCCUAAAAUACACGAUAGCUUGGCACAACUGUGGUUGCCAAUAUUACGUAAAGGUCUUGAUAAAGAGGUAAAAGAAAAAUUGCUGAAACAAUUUUUAAUACCUGAAAACUGCCCUCUACUGAAGGCACCAAAAUUAAAUCCCGAAAUAUCGGCAGUAGUACCGGAAGCUAGUAAGGCUCGCGACAAGAGAGUUGAGACCGUUCAACAGCAGCUAGGCCUGGGUAUUACGGCCCUCAAUAAAGGACUGGAACUCCUUUUAGAUGAUGGACAAAAUAGGCUCGAAGCCAUUAAAUAUCUAAGUGACAGUUGCCGACUCCUGUGUGAGGUGCACUUUACGGAGACCGAGGCUAGGAAGAAGUUUGUAACCCCUGGAUUGAACAAGACGUUCUUAAAUAUAGUACAAGAUGUAGAAAGGGAUGAGAUGCUUUUCAGUAAGAAGCUUCCUGAAAAGAUCAAAGCAUCUAAAGCAAUUGAGAAACAGGGGCUGCAAAUUAAGAAGCCCCCUCCAUCUAACUCAAAGCCGAAUAAUCCUCCAACCUCACAGCCGUCAACAAGCCGUUCUCGUCAGUCGGGAAACUGGUCGAGCCCCCGUUACUCCUCGAACAGAGGGGGGAGGGGGGGAGCGAAACGGACAUCAGCAGCAGGUCGUGGCAGGGGCACGCCAACGGCGACCCAUUCGAAGCAGACCAACCAGAGCAAGCAGCGAGCCACAACGCAACAGCAAUAGAGGUACACGCAGGCAGAAUCCAUCACUUUUAUGAUCGUUGGUUAAAAAUCACUGACAAUCAAGUAGUUCUUGAAUGGAUAUUAAACGGUUAUUCUAUCCCCUUCGCCGGUGAAGUCUUACAAACCUCUUCCCCGGUUUGUUCAGUGGCACCCACUGAAGAAGCUGAUAUGUUUAUAGCUAUAAAGAAACUUAUAAACCUAGGUGCCAUUUCAGAAUGCAAUAGGUCCAAAGGCGAUUUUAUAUCUAGUUUCUUCUUGGCACCUAAGCCGAACGGGGAUAAAAGGUUUAUUUUGAACUUAAAGUCGUUGAACAGAUUUAUAGUCAAGACUCAUUUCAAAAUGGAAGACCAUAGAACAGCAGCUAAACUCAUACCAAGAAAUGGCUUCCUAGCUACGGUAGACUUAAAAGAAGCGUAUUUUUUAGUCCCGAUUGCCAAAGAUAACCGAAAAUUUUUACGAUUUGAAUUUGACCAACCGUAUGAGUUUAACGCUUUGCCCUAUGGUCUAUGCGAUGCUCCAAGAGUUUUUACAAAAGUAAUGAAGGUAGUUACAAACUAUCUUAGGAAUAAAGGUUAUAAAUCUGUUGUGUACCUAGACGACAUAUUAUGUAUAGGUGAUACGUAUAGCGAAUGUUGUCGUAACGUAAAGGAGACCUGUAAGUUGCUAGAAUGCCUAGGAUUUGUUAUUAAUCACAACAAAAGUGUAUUGAAUCCCCAACAAACUUGCCGGUUUUUAGGAUUUAUGUACAAUUCAGUGGAUUUGUCGUUAAGUUUACCAUCCGACAAACGAUCCAGCAUUUUGCAACUUAUC